CGGAAGUCCGCAAAACAACUAGGACCUUGUACUGGUAACAUGAACACCUCAUUGGCGGAGCGAGAAAACCCCCCACCGCGGCGCAAAUCUUGCGAAGCAUGCAAGACCGCUAAACGUCGCUGCGACCUCGCAUUCCCCGCUUGCUCUCGAUGUGCCAGAAGAGACAUACCAUGCAUUUACCCUGGCAGACAGCCAACAAUUCCACAAGACCUGAUUGACGAGGCAUUUGCCUCUGUCACUUACACCAAUGAUAUUCCGUUAUCGCUCGAUGGUUGUAGCCUGUGCGUGACCGAUUUCGAUCUCCCCGAUCUCCCCGGCCCACCCACGAUAGCCCAAGCACUCGAUGUCUUCGAUCCACAAUGGGAUUAUAUUGAUAUCGCCCCACCAUGCAUAUCACUUGAACCACCCAGCAGCGGUCUAAUCCCCCGACAAAGCUUCACAAUGACCGCCGCACGAACAAGACCCCCAAUGCCUCUCUCCGCCGUCAUAGCAUCCCGCCUCCAAUUUACCAUUGACGUCCUCAAAGACAUUCCCAAGAUGAUGGUUGUCGAGAAUCAAACCCCCUGGAGCCACAAACAACUCUACAAAGACGGCAUGCCGAAGCUCAUGCAAGAAGCCUACUCCAGCUGCGCCCUCCACAUAACCAAAAACUCCCUCAACACCCCCUUAAUCACUUCCCUGAUAAAUACCAACAUCCAAACCCUCCUCACCUCCCCAGUCCCCACAACCCCCCUUGAAACCCUUGCCCACACCCACGCCCUCCUCCUCUACCAAAUCAUGCUCUUCUUCUCCCCGGAUCCUCACCCCCAAAACCUCGUCCCAGAUCUCGAAGCCUCCGCCCUCUCUCUCCUCUCUUGCAUCUACUUCCCCGAUCCCGCAACCCCCAUCUCCACCCUCCCCCCAACACCAGAAGCAACGCUCGACUUCUGGUCCUCGUGGAUCUUCCAGGAAUCAGCCCGCAGGACCGUCCUCUUCUCCUUCUAUCUGACGCAGCUAUACAGACUAGUCCAUGGGGAGCACAGUAUGGUCUGCGAUGGGAGGCUGGGGCUCGUGCACAGUUUGUAUAUGUCUGCGCAUUUGUGGGGGGCGCAGGAGGCGGGGGAGUUUGCGGUGGCGUGGAGGGAGAAGGAUCACUUUAUCGUUGGGGAGUUGAAUUUUGGGAGGUUGCUGGCUGAGGCAAAGGCGGUUGAUAUAGAUGUUUUUGGAAGGAUGUUGUUGGUUAGUUAUUUGGGUAUUGAGGACGCUAAGGCGUGGUUUUUGGCUAGGGGCGCGGUUUUAUAGAUUUAUUCUGGGGGGUGGGCUUAGUAGUAUUGGAUGUGGAGAGCUUUGUUGGUUAGCUAUCGAUUAGUAUGGUUAUAGUUGGAUUUUAUUGUUCUCGAGGUGAGAUUGGGUAUUAAAGUACAUGUAUUUUGGC